UCAAGGAUUUUAUGGAUUUAACUUUGUUCAAGAUGGGGUCAUAUUUUGUAGAAACAAGAAACAGUUUUUUUGAAAAGCACGACGCCAUGAACCUAAAAGAGGAACACGCAUGGGAUUCUGAUAGCGACGAGGAUUAUUAUGUUGAUUUGAUGACUUCCAGCAAGGAGCGCGAUGACAGUGAAACUGAUAUUUUGAAAAAGUUGGAAAAAUCCAAGCAUACUGCGAAGGCUUUGCGAAUAACAAGGCAUUCUGUAAGCGAUAAUAAAAACUAUAAGUCUGCGGAAAAGAACGACCUUAAUUCAGAAGAAGAAUCUGAUAAAUCGCGAUCGGAUGCUUUAUGGGCCGAUUUUCUUGGUGGCGUUGUAACUGAAAGUGUCAUCGACCAAAAAACUGAUUUCGCCGGAGGAAAAAAGAUCAACGCUUGCAAUAGUUCCAAAGAGAGUUGUAUUAAAUAUAACGGAACGGAAAUAAUACAAACUCCAAAACAUUACUGUCCCAAAAACAAGUGGACUACGCCUGCUUCAGUUUCAAGACUCGGAAAAAUUAAACGACCAUCCGCUGAAAACGGUAUUGGCUCUAUUAUGAAUAAACUCGAAAAGAAAAGAAACUUGUCAGUACUUGAAAGGUCACAAUUGGAUUGGAAAAUAUUUAAACAAGACGAAGGCAUAGACGAACUUCUGUGCUCUCAUAACAAAGGCAAGGACGGGUAUUUGGACCGCCAAGACUUUUUGCAGAGAACCGAUCUUAGGCAGUUUGAAAUUGAGAAGAACUUGCGCCAGUCUCGCAGACCAUACUAAAGGCCAAAACUACGUCGACUAGUAUUUAUAAACUGACGAUUGAACUUUUACAUUUUUCGC